UUCUCUUUUCUCAAGCACAUAAAUGAGUGGGAUUAGACGAGAGAGAAACGAGAGAGAAGAAAUAGAGGAAUCCCAACCUCUCUGCUCCUCCUCCCUGUAUAGACGAUCUGUACUGAACUCUGUUUCACUGUGAGCAAAGCAAAGGACAAUCUAAAACCAUGGCAAUCGACUGGAACGAAUGGGACGCAGAAGGAUCAUUCACACACAGCAAAACCGGCGACGCAACCACCGCUAUCUGCGGCAUCGACGCCCGAGAGCGCCACAAGUUGGCCGAGCGCGAGCGGCGCAAAUCAAUGCGAGAGCUCUUCCUCUCCCUCCAUGCUCUCCUCCCACACUCCAACACAGUCCGAAAGGAACAAUCAGCAAUCCUUGACGAGAUCAUCAAGUACAUACCUUCGGCUGCCGCUCGUCUCCGAUCUCUCCAGAAUAGGAAAAAGUCGCAUUCCUCCACUUCCUCUAGGAUAUCGCAGUCGUCGACGCCGCCUGUCCAGGGAUUAGACCGUCACUCUGCUUCCGCUGACUCGUCGGAAUUCGACAUCCGAGUCGAGGCCGAGAUUUCUUCGUGUGUGUCGAUUCGGAUAAGAGGGGACCGAGUUAAUGUGUCAUUGACUGAUACGAAUUCCAAGGGGACGUCACAGGUUCUCCCACUCUCUGCCAUAUUAGAUGAGCUUGAAGCCCAUCACCUUGAGAUUGUUCGUUCUACCCAUUGCCGUGAUGGGAGCAAGAUACUCCAUCACACUGAGUGCAAGAUUUGUGAUGGGUUGGAUAGAUCUCCUCCUCUGUUAAAGGCUAGACUAGAGCAACUAGCCGGCAAACUGCAUUGGUUGAGGAAGUCAUCUUCUUCGCCGAAGAGAAAAUUUGACCAGCUGGACUGAUUGACUUACCGACCAACCGCCUCACCAAUCAUCACUUAAUCUUCUUCUCAUCUCUGGUAUCACCCCCGCCUCUUUCAGUUGAUGGGUUCCAUUAAUCUUCAUCUCAUCUCUGUUAUCACCCCCUUUCAGUUGAUGGGUGGGUUCCUUUCGAUUGGUAUUUGCUCGUUUAACUCCAUUAGUGUCGAGCUUUUUUUUCCGUUCUUUUUCCAACUUUCCUCCCUGCUGAAUCCAGACUGAAUUGUAAGAAAUUUUGUAGAUGUAAUCAUGAAAAAGAUAGCCUUUCCAUCUUGAAUAGAAUUGUGAAAGAGUUUCUCGUGCU